AUGUCACCAGUAAGCAAAUGUGUUCGUAAGUUGCAAAAAAAUAUAUCAAUCGCUCACCAAAUAUUACAAAAUAUAGAAAAUGCUGAAAGUAUUGAAAGUGAUAGCGAUAUUAGUGACAAUGAAGUGCUUGAAGAAAAUGCGUUUAUAGAUGAAGAAAAAGCAGAAGCAGUUAGUAAUGUAACACGUCGACGUAAAAGAGCUAAAAGCAGACAAGCUGCCACAGGAACAAUUAAUAUUACAAAUUUUUUUUCUAAAGAUGAAAAAUUCGAUCUAAAAAGUAGUGAUGAUGAUAACCAAGAUGUAGACUGUAUUGAUGAUGACAACCAAGAUAUAGACUGUAUUGAUACAGAAAAUAAUCAGCAGCAAAGUAUUGAGAAUAAUCAGCAGCAUUGUAUCGAUACUAAUCAGCAGAAAAGUAUUGAUAACACAAUUAUGAAAAUUGAAAUGAUGAUAAAAAAUGAGAAGCCUAGAAAGGUUGAACUAGUGCAUUUUCAAUUAGUUAUCUGGUAUUUGCAUUUAUUGCAAAAUGGAAAAAAUAAAACAGAAUCUAGUGAAACUGUCACAACAGUUUGUAAUAAAGGCAAAUAUUAUACUCGAUAUAUAAGAAGAUAG